GCCCUCGCCGACAGUGCAGUCCGCCCAUCUCCCCUCCCGGGAUGGCUCGCAGUCGGAUGUCUCGGUCACCACCCCCACUGGCUCCGAGUCGCAACCGCCUCCCAAGUGGAAGCCUCCCGGUAAAAUGGUCAAAGACGACGGAGGUGUCCGCUUUAUGGAUAGCUACCUUUGGGCAAGCAUCCACGAGGAGCUUCAAGCCAUGAGAGAGAUUGUCGACACCGACGACCCGGAGGAAUGCAGCGUCCUUGGAUCUGAUGAUCUGAGUCCGGAUCCCAAUGUUGAUCUUUUGCUCCCUGGCGAUUCAUCCGGCAAGUCCAUCGAAGAACUCCAACCCGACCCUGUACACAUCUUUAGACUAUGGCAACUAUUCCUGGACCGUGUCAACCCCUUGAUGAAAGUCAUCCACGUCCCUUCGGUGCAGCCGUAUGUCAUGGAUGCGACAACAAACAUGGAAUCUAUCCCCGUCAAUUACCAGGCCCUUCUCUUCUCCGUCUUCACUAUGGCCGCCGUCUCCCUAAACGAGAACGAAUGUACCCAGAUGCUUGGAUGCUCUCGCGAAGAUGCCAUUCGACGGUUUACCAUGGGUACCAAGCUCGCACUACAGAAGUUUAAUUUCCUCAAAAAUUAUGACAUGGUGGUACUACAAUCCUUAUUGUUGUACUUGUUCUCCCUCCAGAAUCGAUAUGAUAGGCACGCGGCCUGGAUCAUCAGUGGUAUGAUUGUUCGAAUUGCACAGAAGAUGGGAUACCACCGAGAUGGCGAGUCUCUACACCUGACACCCUUUGAAACCGAGAUGCGACGACGAAUGUGGUGGCAGAUUAUCCUCCAGGACGCCAAGAAUGCAAUGGUUUCCGGCCUCAGCAAUUCCAUGCUACCCACCAACUGGGACACGAAAAUGCCCCAGAAUGUCAACGAUGCAGAUUUAUUUCCAGGAUCGACCGAACCUCUCCAACCACGUGAGGGACCUACCGAGAUGGCCUUCUGUCUCAUCGGCUAUCAAAUUGCCAACUUCCUCGUCAACGCCGAGUUCCUCCACGGGACCCCUGGUUUCGAGGCCGCCAUCAUGGGCAUUUCAGAAGAAUCGCCGAUUCCCUACCCGUCGAUCGAGAGGUAUCGCGAGCUUGUGGUUGAACUCGAAAACCGACUGCACGCCGUGGAACUCCGGUACAUCGACGCCAGCGCUGGACCAGCUCAUGUUGCUGCUCUUUCCAUCCGGCCAAUGCUUAUCAGCAAGAUGAAGGAGUUGCUAGUGCCAAUGAGGGAGCAGCCUGAGUGGGGAACCGAAAUCCUCAACCCAAGGGACAAUCUUUUCAAGAUCUUCAUCAUGAACAACGAGCACAGCACCAAUGCGUACGAGGUGAUGGAAAACACGGGGUUCCUGUGGUUUACCAAGCUUCAUUUCCAGCUCGACAUCUUCGCCGUCAUGACAGGACAGCUCUGUAAGCGUGCAAUGGGUACCCUUGUGGACCGUGCCUGGAACCUCAUCGACAAGAUCUACCACUACCACUCGGAACUCUUCGACAUGAACCAGAAGGCAUAUGCCGUCCAGGCACAGCUUGUCCUAAAGGCGUGGAAGGUUCGUGAGAAAGCCCAUGCGCAAGCAGGACGAUCCCUCGAUUAUCCUGCUUUCAUCUACCGUCUUCAGGAAUGCUCGCCUACCGAAUCUCGAUGCUCCGAGCCGCCCCCACCAACAUCAAUCCCACAGCCUCCCACAUCAUCAACACAGAUCACAGACAUGGAUCAAUUUUUGGGCGGCUAUUUGGACGUGUCAGCAUUGAAUUGGGAUAUAAAUUGGGACGCAAACAACGCACAGCAGAGCCAGAUACCCACAACGUCGCUCUUUGGGGGGUUCGGAAUGGGGGGCAUGCACUGAUGAUCCAAGGGCUAUCACGGCAAUUAUGAUUUAACACAUCCGCAAAAAGCAUGGCGAGACGACUACGAGACGGCAAAUGGGGAUUCCCAACGGGCAUUGGUUGUAUUAUAGACGAACUUCAGGGGCGGCGUCUGGGCAGAUAGAUGGUUGGGAAGGGUCUUGUUUACUCCGUCCUGGAUGUGAUGGGCAUGAUCUGGGACGGAUGGAGUUUUGUAUCUUGUCCGAAUUUAAUAAGACAAAUCACCGCUUGAGAACGUUCUGUUUUAUUACUACUAUUAUUUUACACUGUUAUCUGGAAAUGAAUGUGCCA